AUGGAUGCCAAUCCUGCUUCGUUGUCUGGGGAAGACGUCAAAGGAGCUUCUUCAGGGCAACUCGACCUUGAUGUCACUCAACACACGCUUUUUGAGGAGGCGAACCGAUACGAUCACAAUCAGACAUUCAGAGAGGCGCUCAGAGAUGAGAAGGGAGUUCUACUCUGGGCAGGUGUGAUGGGCGCUGCCGCAUUGAGUUGGGGAUUUGAUGCUCAAGUAAACGGGGCAGCAAUCUCGGUAGAGGCCUUCAGAAGAGACUUCGGGUAUAUAUACGAGGGGAAGGCUGUUCUUCCGGCUAACUGGCAGACGAUAUUCAACGUUACCAGCACAGUUGGUGCCUUCUUCGGAGGUCUGGCUAGCGGCUACAUCGCUGAUAGGGUAGGCCGUAAGUGGUGUGCUUGGUUGGGGUCAUGGAUACUGUGCGCGGGAAUUGCUCUUGAGAUCGCAGCGACGACACGUGCCGUGUUCACUGUUGCAAAGGUAAUCUUAGGAGUCGCACUCGGGUUUUAUUUGUCUGUGGCACCUGCGUACUGUUCCGAGAUCUCGCCGGUUGUCCUUCGUGGUAUCACAACCUGUGGCGUUUCACUUGCCAUUGUUGUCGGCCAAUUGCUUUCUAACGUGGCUAUCAAAAUCUUUGGAGAGCGUCUCGACAGAUGGGCUUACAGAGGGCCUUUCUGUGUGCAUCCCCAUGGCACUUGGUACGCAAGGGUAACAUCGAGGGAGCUCGCGCUUCUCUCAUUCGGCAUCCUCCACGGAACGGAUCGUGACAUCGCGCCGCGCCUCGCGCAGAUCCAAGAAACACUCCGCUUGGAAAACGAACUCUACACGAACGCCGCAUGGCUGGACUGCUUCAAGGGCGUCGAUGCUCGCCGAACAAUGAUAACAGUGGGCGUAUUCUGCUGCCAGCACCUUUCCGGCAUCAUCUUUGUGCUCGGCUACUCAACCUACUUCUUCCAGCUCGCCGGUCUCCCCACCUCGCAGACCUUCUCCCUCGGCGUCGGUGUCACCGCGUGCGGUGUCGCGGGCAACAUUUCCAGCUGGUGGCUCGUCAACACCGUCGGUCGUCGGAUCGUCGCCUUCUACGGAAUGGUGGUGUUGACCGGCAUGCUCACGCUCAUCGGCGUCUUCGACGUCAUUCCUACCGCUGGGGCGCAGUGGGCGCAGAGCGCGUUCACGGUCAUCUACUCGUAUGUCUGGUUCUUGACCAUUGGAGCGAUGGGUUAUGUCAUUCUUGGAGAGGCAUCUUCCUCCAGACUUAGGAGUAAGAGUGUUGGCCUUGCGGCGGUGGUGCAGAGUCUUUGGGGGUUGAUUAUGAACUUCGCUCUCCCUUACUUUGUAAACCCCGAUGAGGCGAACCUUCGCGGUAAGGUCGGAUUCAUUUUUGGCGGCACAAGCUUGCUUGCUACGGUCUGGGUCUUCUUCUGCGUGCCAGAGUUUAAGGGGCUUACCUUCUCGGAGAUUGACGAGAGGUUUAAGAUGAGGGUGCCCGCGAGGAAGUUUCAGGAGUAUAAGGGUCGGCCGGAAUCUGAUGGUUAAAGGGUUUUGCCAUUUAUUUCACUUUUUUCAGUAUUUGAAGGGGUGAGGUUGUAUGAAGGGACUCUACCUUAGAUGGUGUU